AUGGCUCACCUCAUCGGCUUAAGCAUUAAUAGUGGUGACGCGACAAAAGACUGGGAAAGAGAAGCAGAAGAGGCUGCACAGGAACUUGAGCAUUUUGUCGAUGGAGCAUCUAGCUCUACUCCUUUUAAGUCCUCCACGAUUGGAUCAUCUUCUCCCAUUGUGGCACCAGACUAUCCAAAUCUUUACUGGUCACGUACCCAUAGUUCAACAAAUCAACAUGAGAAAGGUGCACUAAUCCAUGAAAUUGUUGACGCUCUACCUGACACGGACAUGAUCCACCAUCUCUACGAAAUCUUCGUCACCCGUUGUCAAGGCGCUCUCGGCAAUGUGGUACACACUCAAACAUUCUUGAAACAAGCAGACGAAUUGUGCCACUACUUGGAUCUGAAAAGCAGGGAAGACACGGUCUCAAUCUUACUAGCGAACGUAUCUUUGGACAGGCUUGCAUGUCACCUUUUGGCGGAGACAUUGAAAGUCAACAGCAACGGUCAUAUUACCGAGCGGUCCCGCUCCGAAUUCACCAAACUUUCAUAUACGGUUCAUGCAGUGGAGAUUGCAAAAUUUGCUCGGGAGUCUAUUCACUUGUGCACUCCCUUCCGCCGUAUCAAGUCACAAGAAGAGGUCAAUGAGAGUAUGGAGACCCGAAAGCUCCUCAACAAGAGCUAUGAAGAAUUUAUCCACAAUCUUCCGUCAUUCUUCAGGCUUGGUAGCAGUGUUGGUCUAACAUCUACCGAUGCUAUGGCAGCAAUACCUAUACACAGGUGGAUGCUACAUCAGCAGCUUUGGAGCCUGUUUCUGAGACUGAAUCGUGCAAGUCUGUCAUCUCAAGAUAGCCGUGCGUCCUGCCAACUCCUAGCACAAAACAUCAUCGGCACGCAAGCGCAAAUACAGGCCCGCUGCACCGUCUGUGGCUUUCUUUCCAUCAGUGACACUCAAGUUUACAGUGCCGCCGUCGUACUACUCCUUGAUUUGCUCUUCUCGUCCAAUCAUGGGGCCGGAGAUCGUUCGAGUGCUCAGCUGGUUCGUUCAAUGAUGAAGGAGAAAGUCCGACAAGCUAUCGAGCUCCUUCGAUCUCGCAGUGGCACAGGAGACUCCCCCUUGCCGCCGAAGUCUCAAUUUGAAAAGAGUAGCGCUUCUACUCAGUCAAGCGUUCUUGUUUUAGAAGCGUUGAUGAACCUCGAGGAGGAGAGUGACCCCAAUGGCGAUGAAAACGGAGCAGUCACCACAGAGAUACGCCAGAAUGGCGCAGUGAUCAACCCUGGCGGGAGAAAAUCGCUUAAGAAGCAGGUCACGAACAUUUUGAGUAAUUUGCGUCUCAGCAAGCAGGGCGUAGCUGAAGCAGCAACUCAAUCGGGUCAGGACGCGUCGUCCGCUGCAGACGAGUCGGUAUCUACAAGAACUGGAGGAUCCCACGAUCUUGAUGUCUUACCAGUCCUCUCAACUGACACUGACUUCGACUUCUCGCAGUUCAUAGACUUUCCGCCUUCUCCUCAGUCUUUUCAUGAGAAUGAUCAGUACGAGGCUACGGGGAACACCUCAGACUUCGCUAGUUCGGUGUCUUUCAAUGGAUUACCAAAUUGA